GGGUGUGUGAUUCGUCAUGAGUCCUGGACUUUCACGAUCCGUGGAGAAGGUGAGAGGUUCGAUCGACAGCAGCGUGGAUCACAGUUUGGAGCGAGGAACCGAAGGAGAAACUCCACCACCUCUGAGAAAUUACAUCUUCCUCACCAUUUUCACAUGUUUCUGUCCUGCGUGGCCCAUCAACAUCGUGGCGCUCGUCUUCUCUAUGAUGUCUCAGAGCAGCUAUGAUAACGAGGAUUACGAUGGAGCGCACCGUCUGGGGAGAAAAGCUCUCCACAUGGGCAUCGCUUCUUUCAUCAUCGGCAUACUCAUAAUUAUGACCUUCUGCAUCGUACACUUCACUACGCACACCAUCUGAGCCUGCAGAGGAUGCUGACCUGGAAUACUCGCACCAUGGGGUUCACAAUGACCUCUGAUGGACUCACAGGGCAAAGCAGAUAUCUUGAUCGAUAGUGGCUUAGACGCGCCCCUGCAGCACUGUACAGUGUUUAUGGCUAAUCUGUCAAAUUUUAUACAUUUCAAAGCUGUGGCAAGU